AUGUCAUUUAUUUUACGGAUAUUUUUUUUUACAUAUUUUUUUUUCCUUGUAAGGAAAACUUUUACUAACAGUAUUUUUUCACUACCAUUUUCUUAUGGUUGGGCUAGGUGGUCCGAUUUCUCUUCCUGUUCCACAGAGUGUGGACCCGGUUUACAAUAUCAAUUACGUCGAUGUCUUGAUAUACAUUGUUCUGGUCCCCAUAAAAGAUAUCGCCUUUGUAAUGAAAAUAACCAAGAAAAAAGAUGUCGAUCAAGGGAAAAAUUAAAAGAAAUAGAAACAUGUGAAUUUAUUAAUCAAAAAGAUGGUAGAUAUGAAUAUAUUGGAAUUGAUGAAAUAGAAAAUGAUUGUGAAAUAAAAUGUAAAAGUAUUUUAAGUGGUAAAAAAGUUAUGACAAAUCAAACUAAAAUAGAUGGAACAUUAUGUUAUUAUGGUUAUCUAAAAAAGAAGGGUGUUUGUAUUGAUGGUGCAUGUCAUAUAGUUGGUUGUGAUAAUAUUAUUAAUUCAACAGCAAAAAUUGAUGAAUGUGGAAGAUGUGUAACAUCUGGUCAUGAAACACCAUGUAAUAAAAAUUUAACUUCAGGAAUAUUUGAAUGGAGUGGAAGUCAACAAUUUUCAAGUUGUGAUAAAUCAUGUGGACCAGAAAGAUAUAGAAUAUCUAUUUCUAUUUGUAUUAAUAAAAAAAAUGGUAAAACUGUUCCUGAAAGAUUUUGUGCUAACAUCCCAAAACCAGAACCUAUUAUUGAGAAAUGUAGUUAUGUAGUCUGUCCAGAUAAGUGGAUGAAAAGUAAAUGGAGUCCCUGUACAACCUCCUGUGGUGAUGGUAUUCAAAGUAGAAAUGUUUUUUGUGUUGAAACACAUAAUGAAACAUUAACACCAAAUAUACCUCCAAUAUUUAGAUUUAAAAGAAAUAAUAAUAAUGAUAAUGAGUAUAAUGAAUUAGAGAUGACUAAUAGAAAAGUUGAAGAUAAAUUUUGUUGGGAAACAAUGAAACCAACAAAUAUAAAAAGUUGUAAUUAUGGUGAAUGUCCAAAAUGGAAAGUUGGAGAUUGGGGAGUUUGUUCUGUUACAUGUGGUGAUGGUUAUAAAUCAAGGAAUGUUAACUGUUUCAGUGAAACUAAACAACUUGAUGAUUAUUAUUGUAAGAAUGAUAAACCAAGACAAAUUGUAGCAUGUUAUACUGGAUUAAAAUGUAUAAACAAUAAUAUAACAAAAUUAUCUUCAAUUAUAUUGCCAUCCAAAUUAAGUCUUCCUCAUGAAGAUACACAACUUCCAUGGAAAAUUAAUAAAUAUGGAUAUCAAAAUGAUGAUUCUUCCUCAUUUUCUAGAGAUAAUAAUAAGGAUGAAACUAAUGAAAAUUAUAUACAUUAUUUGACAAAUUAUGAAGAACCACAUUAUCAGGCUGGUGAGUGGAAUUCAUGUUCUGUAACAUGUGGUUCUGGUAUUAAAAUAAGAACAGUUGAAUGUGUCUCUUCACGUGGUUUAGGAAGAGGUACAAUAAAAUUACGUGACUAUGAAUGUGAGGGACAAAAAAAACCUGAUGAAUUUGAGAAUUGUGAAGAAGUACCAUGUCCAUUAAAAGAUGAAUCAGUACCAUUUACUACAUAUAAUAAUUCAUCUUCAAUACAAUUAUUAUCAAAUAAUUUUUUAACAACUUAUCGUUGGGAUUAUGGUGAAUGGUCAAAUUGUGUUGAUGGAAAAGAAAAAUCAAAUUUAAAAUGUAUUGAUAUGAUAAGAAAAGUUCCUGUAUCAUGGAGGUAUUGUGAUCCAAAACAAAGACCAAUUGAUAGAACAAGACCAUGUCAAAAUAUUGAUAAUAUUAAAAUAGAUGAAGAAGAAAUUGGAGAAUGGGAAAUAUUACCAUGGGGUGAAUGUUCAUCAUAUUGUGGUGGUGGAUUUAAAACAAGAAAAGUAAGAUGUAUUAAAAAAAUUGAAAAUAAUGAUAUUAUUGAGGAGAAGGUAAUUCUUGAUGAUAAUAAAUGUAGUAGUAUAAAACCAUCAACUGAAGAGGUAUGUGGUAAUAUUGAUUGUGAAGCAAAAUGGAAAAUUGAACCAUGGUCUGACUGUUCAACAACAUGUGGUCCUGGUGAACAAAGAAGAUUCGUCGUCUGCCAACAAAUAACUUCUCAAGGAAAAUUAAGAAUAUUUGAUUCAUUUUCACCAUGUGAUAGUUUAACUAAACCACCAACAAUACAAUUAUGUAAUUAUGGACCAUGUAAUAAUAUAUUAAAUGAAGAUACAAUAUUUCCACAACAUUUUAAUCAAAAAUCUGUUGGACCAUCAUAUGAUGCUCGGGAGGAUCAUCAUAAAAAAUUAACAUUAAAUGUUGGUGGCUAUGCUAAUUUAUAUGAAGGAACAUCAUUAAAAAUUAAAUGUCCUGUUAAAAAUUUUGAUAAAUCACGAAUUAUUUGGAAAAAAAAUGGUAAAAAUAUUAUUAAUACUAAUCAUAUAAAAGUUUCAAGUAAUGGUGCAUUACGUAUAUUUCAUGCUAAAAUGUCUGAUGCUGGAGUAUAUUCAUGUAUAGGUAAUGGUAUACAAGGUAAUGUAACACUAGCAUUUAAACAUAAAUCAGAAGGAAGAAAAAGUAGAGGUGGUGGACAUCAUAGUAGUGGUGGUGGUGAAAAUGAUAAUAUUGAUAGUGAUAAACAAUUACUACAAAUAGUACGAACAAAUUUAAAAAAAACUGGUGAUAAUGUAUUUUAUAAAAAAAUUUCAAAUUUACGUGAACCUGGUAGAAUAAAGGCUGAUUUUAUAAUUGGUAAUUGGAGUAGUUGUAGUUUAACUGAAUGUAGUAUUAAUGAAGAAGGUACACAAGUUAGAGCUGUUAAAUGUCAAAUUUCAUAUAAAGAUUUAACAACAUAUGUUGAUGAUAUUGUUUGUGAACAAUUUGGUGUUGUUAAGGUACCAUCAAGUAGAAGUUGUAAACCUGAAGAAUGUCCAUUUUGGGAUAGUGAAGAAUGGUCAGAAUGUUCUGAUUCAAGAUGUAUUCAUCAAGGAACAGCUAUACAAAAAAGAAAUGUUCGUUGUUUAUUUGCUAAUUUAACAAUAGCUGAUACUAAAUAUUGUGAUAGAAGUGGAAGACCAAAAGUUAAAAGAGAGUGUGUUAAUAAAAAAUGUGUUGCAGAAUGGAAACCAUCUGAGUGGGGAAGUUGCAGUAAGUCAUGUGGAAAUGAUGGUAUACAGAUGAGAACAUUAAAAUGUGUUUGGCAUGGAACAAAAAAACCUGCUGGAAGACAGUGUACCAAUAUUGAAAGACCUUCAGCUGUUAGAAAUUGUAAUAAAAAUAUAUUAUGUCCAGUAAAAAAACAAGGAGAAGAAAAAACUUCUGAACCAUUCAAAGGUAGAUUUUUUAACAAAUAUAGAAAAAUGGAUAUUAACAAUAAUAUUGUUGAGGAGAAUAAAGAUAAAAAAGGAAAAUGUCAAGAUUCAUCAAGAUAUUGUGAUAUUUUCAAAAUAUUUCAAUCAUGUCAUGACAAUGAAGUAAGAGAAAAAUGUUGUUUAACUUGUGCUUUCCAUUCCUGA